GCGUUGGUUGCCAUUUCGAGAAGAUCGCCAUGGUCAACGCAUCCAAGCUGCGUGCGCCCAGCGUGCUCGAGAUUAAGCCGAGCACGCGAGGGACGCUGCACGUCCGUCGCCGGUCUGCCGACAUUCCACUUCCCAUUCAACCGUUUUUGCAGCCCGCCAAGCACCUCCGCAACCUCUCGCUGUCGUCGCCGCCCAAAAGCCUGAGCUACCAGGACCGCCAAGGCGCGCGCUGCGUGAGCUGUCGCCCGCACACACUCCCGCCCAAUGCGAUCACAAGCCCGCCCAAUGCGAUCACAAGUCCGCCCAACCCGCCAACGUCACGCCGGCGCCUCUCGAACGCAAGCUACCAAACACAGGACGACGACGAUGCGAUGCUGCACCUCUCGGCGCCGCUCGCUGAACGCAACCCGCUCGAGUCGUACGACGUGACGUGGGUUCACGACUAUGACGUGGCAGCGUGCAUGGUGUGCCAGACAUCGUUUGGCUUUUUCUUUCGCCGCCACCACUGCCGCAGCUGUGGGAACGUCGUGUGCUCGCACUGCGCCAAGUCCCGACGCCCUGUGUACGGUCUCCUCCACGCCCACCGCGUCUGUGACGAGUGCGUCGUCAACGGCGUCUGGACUGACCCCCGCGACGUGCGUGCGGGGCUUCAGCUGAAGCAAGACGCCGCGCGCAACGAACUCUUGCGCGUCAAGCUCGAACUCGACAGUGUGCGGUCGCGCCUGCACGAGCUCGACGCGGCUUCUGCCACGGCAUCGCCCCCAAUCAGUGCGCCCCAAGUUCUAGAGGCGACGAGUGAAGCGCCACUUGUGGACGUUGCUUCAAUCACUGCACCCCCAACUGCAGCGGUCGUCGAGCAAAUAGAACCGACACUACCUGCCGUAGAGACCUUGGCGCUCGGAACGAUUGAGAUCGACCUUCCGACGCCGCCGCUGCCUCUGCAAAGCUCCAUGAUCUUGCUGCGUGACCACGACGUGCUCUCGGGCGCCGUUGCGCGCUUCACCACGCCGCCGACUUCGUCGUGCACGGGCGACUGCUGCUGCAUUUCCUAAGAAUUGAACGAUGCAAUUUGCUAAACUAAUGGUGUAUAUUGUUGUCGUCGAGGACUAUAAUAGUAAUAUUUCCUAACAGUAUGGGCUUCUA